UUUUUUACUUCAGGAGGAGGGUGAAACAGCACAAUACAUCAAUUAUUUCACUUUAAUGUAAAUCAUUAUUUCCUGAAUUAACUUUGGCGGCUGCAUCUUGUCUGGGGAGGUGAGUGGCAGAGCAUCGUCCAGGUGGAUUGAUUGCACACUUCCGUGACACCGAGACUGAAGCGCUGGCGGAUUGGUGAAACAAUCCAUACACGAUAAAAAAAAAAAGAGAGACGCGACAGCCAUCCUUUUAUAACCGGAGAAGCAAAGGUAAUUUUAUGUAGCCCGGUCAGUGAGCAUCCUCAACAGUUCAUCACAAAUAUACGCCUAUUGUAGCCAUUGUCGACAUUUGCGCAGAUCCACUUUCACAAAUCAGCCAACCAGGCAUGUUUGUAUGCAGUUCAACCAAUGAUGUAUCAUUUGAGUUCAACACUGCUAGCUAGCUAGCAUUUUAGCUUAUAUUUUUAUUCCCGCCAAUGCAUACAAUUAGAUGGUUUUAGCUAUAUUUUUUCUCUCGGGUCCACCGGCCGCUUUUGGUGACCCUUCGUGGCAUAGGCGUCCCAUUCGAAAGUCUGCCCUUCCAACUUCGAUGGUAAUUUCUAUGCCUACCAUGGGGCAUGGUGACCACGGGGAAGGGGGAAUCAGGAUUUGUUUCUGGAGAGGAAGGCUGUAAAACGGCUGCCACAUCCAAGGAAGGCACGCAAAUGUUCAACUCCGGAGUCGGGGAUCUACUUAGCUAGCUAACGUUAGCUAGCUAGUGACGGAAAAAGAACAAUACAGGACACGAGUGCCUGCAAUUUGAACGAGUACACUCAGGGCUGCCAACUUUAGAAAAAAGCGUAGAGUUAGAUUUGCUAUGUGAAUUUCUUUGCCCCCUGGCACAACCCUUAGACACGAAGGACAUUUAACUGUUUUAAAGCUAAUUUCCUGCAAUUAUACGUAUUUUGACAUGGCUUAGGCCUAUGACCAGGGUGGAAAAUAAAACCACAGGUCCGGUGUAUUUAGGAUACUUUGAACAGUAUAUUUUUUGGGGAGGGGUGAAAUGUAAAGUAUGCACUUUUUUUUUUUCUUUAGGUGGAUUGACAUUUUAUUCAGACAGUUAUGAAAUAACAUGGGGAGAAACAGUGUGAAGGUUGGAAACUGGGAUUGAUCCCUGUUCUCAGGUGGAAAGUAUGUGACACGUGGGGUAGUGUUACCAGGAAAUACUAACAUUAAUGGUUGAUGGCUGUGGGUAACCAAAUCAUAGAUUGUGGUCUCCUUGUCCAUGGACUGCUUUCAAGGUAAAGACACAAACGUUUUGUAACUCUUUAAAAUAAGGCUGGAAGAAAAUCCUGCUUGCUCCCCAGGAGGGUUCGCCACCCCUGAUCUAUGUUUCCCAAGUGCUGGGUGUUUGAGAAUGUUCUUGUUAUAAGAAUUUAAUUUCUCAAUCACCCAACUCUCAAGAAAUAUCAAAUGAAUAUCAAAUAUUCAGGUGGUUUAUGUCUAUUAGUUGAAGAUUCUUGCCAUCUUACUCUACAUAGAUGUAAUGCGAUUCAGUUGGGCAUCCCCCUACCAUCUCUGCCUAGCAUGUGCACAAUACUAAAAUAUAAAUUAUAUUUGUGGCCUGCAGCAUUUAAUAUCCAAUGCUUAUUUGUAUGACUUAUUCAAAACAUUUUACAUUUCCAUUUUAGUCAUUUAGCAGACGCUCUUAUCCAGAGUGACUUACAGUUAGUGAGUGCAUACAUAUUUUUAAUUAUUUUUCAUACUGGCCCCCCGUGGGAAUCGAACCCACAACCCUGGCGUUGCAAACGCCAUGCUCUACCAACUGAGCUACAUCCCUGCGGGCCAUUCCCUCCCCUACCCUGGACGACGCUGGGCCAAUUGUGCACCGCCCCAUGAAUUGUCCAUGAAUGGCUGCAAAAAUACAUAGCCUCGUAAUUCAUUUUCAAAGACACAAGUAGGCAUAUCAGAUUUCAAAUACGUGAUUACACUGGUAAAAUUGUGAAGAAGUGGAAUAAUAAAAUAAGUGUGGGGAAUAACAGUGUUCUUGCUGACAAGCACACUAAUUACCCUAUAUUUUAGCCCAUUGUUAAUAAUGAGAAUUAGUGUCUGGUAGCCAAAUUGAACCAAGUUUUAAAUGAUCACUCUUUGAGAAUAACAGUUCAAGAUGUGAGAUGCGCUUCACUUCGCAGUGGCAACUUUUUCAUUUGGAAAAAUAUUCUGUUCUAUUUUAUUCUUAUUACAUGUUUUUUUAAACUAUAAAAUAGGUGUCUUGACUGUGAUAAGAGCUCGGGAAAUAAGAGCGUCAUGUCGGCUAAAUUAACAAAGCUAUGCCAUUGCACAGCCAUAGGCUUCUACAAGCAAGUGCUGCUGCGUAUGGUUACUGCCCCUCUUAAAGAUUGUGUUCCACCAUAUAAUAUAACCAGUUUAUUAUGCUUUCAAUAAAUGUAUCUUAAAUGGCACUUGCUUUUUUUGACUGAAUAUAAACUACAUGACCAAAAGUAUGUGGACACCAAACUGUUGCCACAAAGUUGGAAGCACGGAAUCAUCUAGAAUGUAAUUGUAUGCUGUAGCAUUAAGGUUUCCCUUCACUGGAACUAAGGGGCCUAGUCCGAACCAUGAAAAACAGCCCCAGACCAUUAUUCCUCCUCCACCAAACUUUACAGUUGGCAAUAUGCAUUGGGGCAGGUAGCGUUCUCCUGGCAUCCGCCAAACCCAGAUUCGACAGAGCCAGAUGGUGAAGCGUGAUUAAUCACUCCAGAGAACGCGUUUCCACUGCUCCAGAGUCCAAUGAAGGCGAGCUUUACACCACUCCAGCCGACGUUUGGCAUUGCGCAUGGUGAUCUUAAGCUUUUGUGCGGCUGCUCGGCCACGACGAACAGUUAUUGUGAUUACUUUACUUCCGGAGGCAGUUUUGAACUCUGUAGUGAGUGUUACAACCGAGGAAAGAUGAUUUUUACGCGCUACGUGCUUUAGCACUCGGUGGUCCCGUUCUGUGAGCCUGUUUGGCCUACCACUGACUUGUUGGAAAGGUGGUAUCCUAUGACGGUGCCACGUUAAGUCACUGAGCUCUUCAGUAAGGCCAUUCUACCACCAAUGUUUGUCUAUAGAGUUUGCAUGGCUGUGUGCUCGAUUGUAUACACCUGUCAGCAAUGGGUGUGGCUGAAAUGGCUGAAUCCACUAAUUUAAAGGGGUGUCAAAAAAAUGUGGUGUGUGUAUAUAUAUCAUGGGAACUCUUUUGUAUAUUUUAAGUUUUAAAUUUCACUCCUUGACAAGAGUCACUAGAGACUCAAAGCCACGAGGGUAGAACACAUUUCAAACUUUGCUUGUUAGGGGGAGCUAGUUGCAGAAACAAUGGAAUGUUUUAGUCGACAUGCAUGGACCUGUGUGUCAAGAUUUUGAUAGUAUGACUUAAUUUGCUCUUCUUUUUUUUGUGUGUGUGUAUACAUAUAUAAGGGCAAUUUUGCUAUUGGGAUUUGUUAUAUGUAAUGGAUAUGACAUAUUAGGCAUCAUCGUGCACUCUUGGCAUAGACCUAUAGAUAAAUGAGCACAUAGGCCUCCUUUUUUUGAGUACUAGAAAAGAAUCAUGCAAUUACUCAACAGUCAAAUCCCUAGUUGGGAAGUGUAUAUUACCUGGCCUAACAUGAUGCCUCUCUCUUUUAGGAAGCUGAGGAACAAUGUAUCAGGUCCCUGUUGGAAACUUGGAGAACAUCCGAAAAACAAGGAGAAAAGUGAAACAUAUUUUGAGUGAUUAUGGACUGGAGGAUUGCAAAAACCUUCUGGAAGUAUGUUCAUGUUGUGCGAUUUUUAUGUUUAAAACUAUCAGUUUCAUCGGUAUCAGAUCAGUGUAGCAAGGAUUGUUAGUUGGCUAGAUGAGGGCCUAAUUAUUGCCAUAUUACACAUUGUUUAUAGGCAUGGAUUGUACUUUUUACAGAAAAGUUUGGUCAUACGCACAUCCUUAAAACAUAGGUGCUGGGCUAAUAAAGAAUACUAGUAAAGAACAAGAAGGCCCUCACACUGUUAAAGCUCCCAAUUCACCACUUUAUUGACAAAGUUUCGAGCCGAAACUGAUCUUCGUCAGAAAAUUGUACUUUUCCCAUAACUUUUAAAGACGGUCUGUACCAAAUGGCACCCUAUUCCCGAUGAUCAAAAGUAGUGCACUAUAAAGGGAAUAAGGUGCCAUUUGGGACACACAACAGUGAAUGAUCGGAGAUCAUUGAUCAGUGUUUUCUUCCCAUGAUACUUAGUGAGGGGGAAAAAGUAUUUGAUCCCCUGCUGAUUUAGUACGUUUGCCCACAGACAAAGUGUCAGUCUAUAAUUUUAAUGGUAGGUUUAUUUGAACAGCGAGAGACAGAAUAACAACAACAAAAAAUCCAGAAAAACGCAUGUCAAAAAUGUUAUACAUUGAUUUGCAUUUUAAUGAGGGAAAUAAGUAUUUGACCCCUCUGCAAACAUGACUUAGUACUUGGUGGCAAAACCCUUGUUAGCAAUCACAGAGGUCAGACGUUUCUUGUAGUUGGCCACCAGGUUUGCACACAUCUCAGGAGGGAUUUUGUCCCACUCCUCUUUGCAGAUCUUCUCCAAGUCAUUAAGGUUUUGAGGCUGACGUUUGGCAACUCGAACCUUCAGCUCCCUCCACAGAUUUUCUAUGGGAUUAAGGUCUGGAGACUGGCUAGGCCACUCCAGGACCUUAAUGUGCUUCUUCUUGAGCCACUCCUUUGUUGCCUUGGCCGUGUGUUUUGGGUCAUUGUCAUGCUGGAAUACCCAUCCACGACCCAUUUUCAAUGCCCUGGCUGAAGGAAGGAGGUUCUCACCCAAGAUUUGACGGUACAUGGCGCCGUCCAUCGUCCCUUUCAUGCGGUGACGUUGUCCUGUCCCCUUAGCAGAAAAACACCCCCAAAGCAUAAUGUUUCCACCUCCAUGUUUGACGGUGGGGAUGGUGUUCUUGGGGUCAUAGGCAGCAUUCCUCCUCCUCCAAACACUGCUUGGCGAUGGUCUUGUAGCCCAUUCCAGCCUUGUGUAGGUCUACAAUCUUGUCCCUGACAUCCUUGGAGAGCUCUUUGGUCUUGGCCAUGGUGGAGAGUUUGGAAUCUGAUUGAUUGCUUCUGUGGACAGGUUUCUUUUUAUACAGGUAACAAACUGAGAUUAGGAGCACUCCAUUUUAAGAGUGUGUUCCUAAUCUCAGCUCAUUACCUGUGUAAAAGACACCUGGGAGCCGGAAAUCUUUCUGAUUGAGAGGGGGUCAAAUACUUAUUUCCCUCAUUAAAAUGCAAAUCAAUUUUUGACAUGCGUUUUUCUGGAUUUUUUGGUUAUUCUGUCUCUCACUGUUCAAAUAAACCUACCAUUAAAAUUAUAGACUGAUCAUUUCUUUGUCAGUGGGCAAACGUACAAAAUCAGCAGGGGAUCAAAUACUUUUUUCCCUCACUGUAGCUGUUGUCCUUAACUGUAUGUUGUCUGUCACCAUCUUCCAGGAGCUGCAGAAGGAGAAGAAGAACUCUAAUGAAGAUUCUGAUUCUGAUGAGGCAUUCCAGGAGACUGAGUGGGUGGACCUCAGUGAGCCCUUCCAAGGCAAGAGGAAGAAAAAGGUAAAAUGGCACCUGGAAAGAUGAGCUAGUCUGAUAGGGAUGUCAACAAACCAAACAAGUGUUUGAAAUUGAAACAGAAUAGUUUAUAGUUCAACUGAUUGAUUAAAUGUGCCAAUAUUUCUGGGGUCUGUGGAAAUGCAUAGCCACUGAUAUUGAAUAUGCAUCAGUUAAUUCAGUUCUUACUUAAUCUGCAUCUGAAAUGGCACCCUAUUCCCAAAAUUCCCAGCCUUUCUGGUCAAAAGUGGUGCACUAUGUAGGGACACACUCUUCGUACAAAAAAAUGUAACAUUCAUUCCUUACAGUGAAGUGACGGAUCAAUUUAAAAUGUUCUUAUUUUGCUAAUCACGCUUGCUAUCUGUGCGUUUCCUUCCCCAGUGGCCGUACCGCACGCGGCUGUUGUGCUGCACCCUCUGUAAGUACUCCACCCGGAACUGGUACUCCUACAAGAGUCAUCUACAGCGGAGCCAUGAGUAUGAGAGGAAACUGUGUGCCCUGGCUCCCUGCCAGAUCUGCCCCUUCGUCGCCCACCCCCGACUCAUCAAGAAGCACCUCCUCCUCUUCCAUGGCUCUCCGAAUGUGGACCAAGAAUCAGCGUCUCUGCAUUCAACUACCAAGAAAGGGGACCGGUUUAAGUGUCGCAAGUGCCGAUAUGUGGACUCAAACCUGUUCUCAAUGAAGAAGCAUGUCCUGCUGAACCACCUGGAGAAGCUGUGGCACCACUUCUCAGGCCGGAUACCAGACACUAAGUUCCCCCAUUCAGCCUCCAGGCAGUUCUGUAAGGUGUGUAAGAUGGCCAUCGAAAGCACGGAGCACAUGCUGCACCACAUCCUGUCCUCUCCCACUCACCAGUGGGCCUGCGCUCAGAUCAGGACCUGGAUCUUGGAGAACACUCAGUACGCCAAGCCUACAAAUUAUCAAACACUGGCCCCUAAAAAACAGCUGCCACAGGUGUCCAGUCCUGAGCAGCUGGCAGGGCCCAACCAGAGCUUCCUCCCCCCUCAGGCCCUGGUUCAGCUGGCCGGUGCUGAGGCAAAGGGCCUCGUCCAGCCUGGUGCUACUGUCAAGCUGCAGAGUGCUCUGCCCCAGGGGGCCAUCUCAGCCACCAUGCCCAUCGGCCAGACCAUGGUCAGACUGCCCUCUGGCACCUCCCUACCUGGUGCUGCUCAUAACCAGGUGCCUUUCAACAUAGGGGUCCAAGGUCAGCAGCAGCCCCAGCAGGUCUUCCUGCCCCCGAGGGUGCAGAUCAGCAUUCCAGGGAUGUCCCAGGCCCUCAUGGUGACUCAGCGCCUCCCCCUGAACCAGGGGACCCCCCAGGGUACCAUGCUCCAGAGCAACACUCAGGGCACCAUGCUGACCUCCCAGUCCCUCCUCAGCCACCUCUUCCCCACGGGCAACAAGGUCAACGGCAUGCCCACCUACACCUUCGCCACGUCGGUGGGCAUGCCCAGCCAGACCAGUAACAUCCAGCUUAUCAGCAAGGCUCCUCAGCCCAUCAAACCAGCAGGUAAUCCUGCUCUGAACUCCAAAGCCAAGAAGUGGAUCACCUGUCCCAUCUGUAAUGAACUGCUCCCUUCCAACGUCUAUGAGGCUCACCAACAGGCUGCCCACAAGGCCCAGCCCAGAGCAGCUAAGCAGCAGGGCCUGGCUGCCCGUGCUCCCUUCCUCAGGAAGAUGCCUGACAAGACAGUAAAGUGUUUGAAGUGUAAGAUCCUCCUGUCUGAGAAGGGCCUCUUUGAACACCUGCUGCACGGGCUCAACUGCCUCUACUGUCCUGGGAUGUUCUACUCCAUUCAACAACUGGUUGAACACACAAACGCACAACACAACCCCACACAGAAGGCCAACUGUGACUUCAUGAGGCGGGAGUAUAGACUGUACACAGACGACAGCGGUAAACUUCUGUUCCCCUACUUUGACAUCAACACCAUGGCCCCCAAAGAGAUCCUGGGAGACGCAGAGCUGAAACUGGCUCUGGUCACCAACUCCCUAGACCUGAUCUUCCUCAAGAUGCAGCCUGGUGGUAAACAGGACGUGUGUCGGAACCCCAGUAAAACUACGCGGACCGACUGCCCCUUCUGUGAAGAGAAGUGUGUCACAGUGGAGAACUACCAGGCCCAUCUGAAUGGGAAACACUACAUCGCGCCCACCGUCCACGCCAUCCUCAAGACUGCAGCAUUCAAAUGCAUCUACUGCAACGGCGUCUACACAGGCAAGACUACGCAGAGAGCUAUAGUCAUCCAUCUACAGCGCUGCCGCCGUGCACCCAAGACCCCUAAAGACACAGACCGACUCCAGCCUGCCCCCACCAACGGACGCCAGCAGCAGGUCAUGGCCUUUAAGCAGAUGAUCCAGGUGCCAGGUCUGUACUCUGCCCAGCUCCCUCCUGUCCCCAUGGCAGCGAUGGCCUCCGUCCCUGUCCCCCAGCCCUCUGAGUCCCCCGCUGAGCUACAGAGCAAGCUGAGACUGGAGGCGGCCUUCAGGGAGGCCAUGGAGGCCAACAAGAAAGAGAGGGAUGCGCGGGCAGCCUUCCGUAAGCAACGAGAGAAGGAAAAACGAGAGCAGGUACCCAAGAUAGACCCCUAUAUUCAGCUGGCGCUGGACCCCAGUGGGAUGGAGAAACGCCCCUCUGAGGAGCGUAAAGACUUCCUCACCAGAUACUUCCACACCAAGCCGUACCCCACCAAGAAGGAGUCUGAGGAGCUCUCCAAGAGACUGUGGCUGACCCGGACUGAGGUGUCCACACUGUUUGGGAUGAAGCGCACCAAGUGCAUGAAGGCGAUCCAGAAGAACAGCCCUACCAUCUUCAUGGGCUUCAACAUGACAGAGCUGAAGAAACUUAAGCACGACCUCCUCAUCCCAGAGGUGGAACCUGCAGAACCAGAGAAGAUGGCUGACCAGGAAGUGGAACCCGAAGAACCAGAACAGACGGAUUCUCCAGAAGGAGAAACGGCAGAACCAGAAAUGUCUGUUCCAAAAGAGGAUUCUUUAGAACCACAUCAGAUGGAUGUUCCAGAGAUUGAUCCUUUAGAACCAGAGCCAAUGGCUGUCUGAGUUGUCACUUCAGAGUACAUGUACAGUCUGUAUAGAUACUUUUACCUGGAUGACUGCAACAGACUGCAGUGCCCUGAAAUGUAUACUUUUAUAUUGAUGUUAAUCUCCCUGCUAGGAAUUGUCAACUUAAUUUUAGAUGUUGAUUUAUUAUUAUUAUUAUUCUCCUUUUCGUAGAACUGUAAAUCACAUGUUGACAUUCUCACAGGCUACAUGUUAAAACAAACCUCUGUAUACAAGGGUAAAAAAUCUGAAGCUAUGUGAGGAUUGUAUUAGUAUUUGAGUGACACUGUUUUCAGGGGUUUGUUUCAUACAACCACAGCACCGUUAAAUCCUAGGGGGCAUCUUUUAAGAUGUGUUUUCAACCCAUCGACCAUGAUUCAGUUUGAAUAAUAUUUUUAAAUGCUGUCAAAUGUUAAAGCUAUAAAAACACACCUGUAUUUGGUAUUGUGUAAGUAUUCAAACAGGGAUCAUUGACUGACUUUCAAACAACUACACCAUUAUCUCAUGUUCAGAACGUUAAUGAACAGUAUUUGUCAAUUUUGUGUUUCUGUAUCAUCAGAAUACUUAUUUUCUGUAUAAUAGUUAUUGGCCUUUGUUCUCAAUAGUAACUCAAAACUGUUAUGUGGUUAUAUGAAUCCAUUGACCAGAUGAGACUGAGUAUAAUCAUAACUGUAAGACAUUGUCCAGCUUUCUUCUUUUCAGAAUGUGUAUCGAGCGCUAUUCUUCCCUCUAUUGGAACUAUGUAAUGGAUCAUUCUGAGUUCGCUCAAAUACUGAUUUUUGAGGUAGCCUCCAUCACUUUCACCUUUGCUUUCCUUGCCCUUGUUGUGUUGCUUUUUAUGUGUGUUUGUUUGUGUCCACUCAUUUUGUUGUAAGUUAUUAUUUGGUGAAAACGGACAGCUUCUGCUGGUGUUUUUACCAUUAUUUUUCAUAUGCUAAUUCCCCUAUGGGUUUUUCAUUUUCUUCCUUGUUUCUACUUCUUCCUGUGUCACUUGCAAUUGAUUGUCAGGUUUUUAUGUACUAUAUACCUGUUGGGUUUUAGAUUGGUUCAGUCCUUCAGAAGCUAAAAUGUGUAUAGACUUGAAGGUUUGAGCCUUCUGAUGCAUUGUGGCAGAACUGUGCAC